AAUCAGCGCCUCUGUAGUACUCUCUCGCCGUGGAGCCGUCCAAUCAGUGACGCGUUGCUCUUUGUUGUUGCGAUGACAUGAAAACAUUGUUGUUGCUGCUGCGGAGACUCACGGACAGACGAGCAGGAAGGACGGAAGGUUCUCGGGGCUUCCUUCAGGUCCGGGUUUAGUUAUUAUCAUUUUUUUUUAUUUUUUAGAAAAAAAGGUGGCAGUUUUUGUCUGUAAAGGAGCCGCGGGAGCAGCCAUGUCGGUCAAUAUGGAAGAACUGAGGCACCAAGUGAUGAUAAACCAGUUUGUUUUGACGGCUGGCUGCGCCGCGGAUCAGGCGAAGCAGCUCCUCCAGGCGGCCCACUGGCAGUUCGAGACGGCCUUGAGCUCCUUCUUCCAGGAGGCCAACGUCCCCGGGCAUCACCACCAGAUGAUGUGCACUCCCAGAAACACCCCCGCCACACCACCCAACUUCCCCGAUGCCAUCACCAUGUUCUCCAAACUGCGGGCGUCCGAGUGUGGCUCCGGCAGUGGGCCCUCCCAGGUGUCCAUGGCGUGCUCUCCACCGACUCACUCCUCCACGGCGGGAUUCGGCUCCUUCUGGGCGUCCUCGCCACCCAGCCACCAGCCGGCCUGGCUGCCCCCAUCAUCGCCCACGGGUCACCACAUGCAUCACAAUCACUACCACCACAUGCAACAGACUCCUAUGUGGCCCCCCGUCUCCCAGCCCAACGGCUCCCAGCAGCCCCCUGUUGUAUCGGCGCUUCAUGGACAGAGAUGAGGCUGAGCGGCGGGCUGAGUGAGCUCGGGCAGGGCGGGAGGGUCUGGGGUUUUAGGGGCGGGAGGGGGGAGGAUUUCUUGUUUCUCGUUUCUCUGAACUGAACACGAGCAGUUUGGCUUUGCUGCGAGCCGGAGGGCGACACUGGAGGGUCUCCGAGGACACUGAGAAACUGAACCCAGCCACGCUCUGAGCAGAACCCCAACAGAGCACUUACGGAGGAUCGGAGCCAUGAGACGUGAUUUUUAGAGACUCUCUUUUCAUUUGUCAGAAAAAAAUCAGACAGGAAGUCGACAAUAAACCAGCAGACCAAGAGGAGGACGAAUCAGACGUGUGUGUGUUUGGAGUACAGAUGUGCAUCAACAGGUCAGCUACAAAGUUUCCGCCCGGGCUGCAGACACUAACGUGAUGUCAGAGACGAUCCCAGUUUGUGCUUCUCACUGAGUGCCGAGUUGUUUAAGGAGGUUUUUCUGAGCUGGAUGGAAAAAUGUUGAGUUUGCUGCACACCUGCCAGAUGUGAACACAGCUGGAAGUGAGAAACUGUGCCUGAGGCAGAAAAUUUAAAAUAAAUGUAAUCUUGUUUAUGUCCAAUGAUUCUUUUUUUUUUUUGUCGUUCUCUUCACGAUUCCUGUUUCCACCUCCUGAAUCUACAGAUUUUUAAUUCCACUUACAAAUAAAUAAAACUAAACACGUGCUCUGAUUCUUUCACAUCUGCUGAUGUGAUGAAAUAAACCGCAGAUAUGAGAAGGUUGGACAGAACGUGACGUCCUCAGGCUUCAUCUGACAGUCAAAGCGUUACCUUUGUGCACAGCUGAGGUUCUUUCAGAAUGAUUCAGGCUUUUCUUUACUAUUUAAAUCAAAAAUUGGACUUAAAUCAACAAGUUUGUGUUUUGUCAUGGAAACUGUAACACCAUCAUAGACUGUAUAUAAAAGAUGGACAUCACCCAUAAAUUUGAAACGUCCUGUUUUAAAACAUUCAGUUGGCGACUUUUACUGAGUGACUUUGACCAUAAACUUAUCAGGAAAGUACAGCUGAGGUCAGAGGUCAAGUAAGUAAAAGAGUCGCCCCCUGUUGGGCAUUAGCAGGAAUGCAUCAUUUUCAAUAUUCACGCCCAGAAGCCACAUCAGUCUUUCAUGAGCAGUGCGUGCAUGUGCUUCGGGGCACAAAUUAAAAAAACGAAACCUAAAUAUCUCCUCCUUUUUAAAAAAAAAUUCGUAUCUUUGUUUGGAUUGAGAUCUUUCAUCUUUAUCGUGCAGCAGAUUUGAUAUUUUUCCAUUGCACUGAUAUAGAUGCACCGAUGUAGACGAGCUCAGUAAUGUUCGCCGACGUCUGUGGGUGGGGUCAGCUGUGAUGAUGAGCUGAGUGCGGCGAAUAAAUGACAGAAGAAGAAGAAGGUCAAAAAUGAGCUGAGAUGGAAAGUUUGCAAUAAGCUGCUGAUGUGAAGCCGGAUUAGAGAGCAGAACUCGAGCUUUUCUGGGUUGUAAAUAAAAAGAUUCCAGUUGAACUUCUGAGAGCGCUUCUAUUUUUUUUUUUUUUCUAAUGUCAGCUCCUCCGCCAUGUGUCUGCGAGAGGUUAAAGGUCGACUCAGCAAUUUCCACACAACCUUUCAGACACUCAAACGCUCCUACCUCCACCUGAGUGAGUGGGCGGGGCCCCGCGCUCGCUCUGAAUGUACUCCGCAGGACUUCCUGUUUGACAAGUCCUGCAUGCGUCACGGCGAGUAAAAUAAAGUUGCGUUUACGUCACGAGGAAGAGGAGUGAGGAGUUUUCAGGUUUUGUUCUGACAAUCAGCCGUUCGUGAACCGCGUUUAUUCGCUGCAGGAGGGGCGUGUCGGUCGCUGACAUCGGAGACUCUCAGAUUUAAAUGAUGCGAGGGAACUCGAGCGCUGUGAGCUAACAGGCUAAACGCUCAGCUUUACGGCAACGCCUGCACGCUGUCAGACUUUAAUGUGGCGUAACGCUGUCGAAACGCUGUUUACGCCAAAUUCCUUUUUACAAAGCGAGGACGCUUUCAGCAGAACGUCGCGGCGCUGAAAUGGUGGGAAAAUUGUUGCCACAGUCUGGUUUCCCUCUGAGGAGCCCACGCGUUAACCCUGAAACUGAACUUUAUGAAGAGAUUUGCUUAAAAUGAACUAAGAACAGAUUCUUAAUCAAUCGUUAACAGUUUAAUCGACACUGCUUCGAUUGUUGGAGCCUCGAUCGGCUCCACUGGUGGAAGCGUAACCGAGUAUUUAGAGUUAAAGAUGUAAACGUAACAGUCUUACAGCUGAGUCGUUGGAAAAGUUUAAGUGUGAAACAUUUGGACUGAAAAUCAACUAAUGAUCGGCUGAUCGAUCCCUUUUAAAGUUGAAUGAUUUCCAGUCCAUCAUGUCAGUAAACGCAAGUUUGGCUUUAAAAAACUUGGAAAAUCUGAUUUUUUCCAAGUACAAAAUUUCACAUUUGCGACUGAACCCACCAAAGCUUUGGUUUAUGGGCUCAGUCGUUGGUGGAUCGCACAGCCGCCGCCAGCUUUUCCACAGUGAAACGCGGAGGUCAGUGGACGCUUUUCAGGGUCGGAGCUUUUAAAGAGACCUUUUCCUAAAAGUCUUAUCUCUGAUGAUGCGUUCGCUGACCUCAGGGCAAAUUUUUUCCAGUCUGAACUCGUUCUGGACGAGUUGAGGCAAAUGAGGAGCGGCUGGAAGGUGACCUCCCGCCUGGUUUGUUGUUGGCGACGAUCCGCGGGGUUCGGAGGCUCUGUUUGAGAUUCCCGCAGCGUGGAUUAACCGGCCUGUCCACUCUGCUCCUACUCUUGUUUUUGCAUCAUAUUUUAGGCCUUUCAAAUCCAGCCGAGGACUUUACAAACUGGUCGAAGGGUCAUUAAAAGAUGUUUUUAGCUCUGGUCACUUCCUCACAGACUCUGAUCCACGACUCUGUUUUAGAGAUUUCGCUCAUGUACUUUUUUUUUCACUUCCUUUGUUUAAAUUUGUAUUUAUAUGUUUAAUAAAACAACUUCUGAUGUGUACUUC